GCGCAACCAACCACAGCGGCCAGUGCCUGUACCACUCACCAGCUGCACCGUACUACACCCGAGCGCAUGUCCACCGCCCGCAGCCACCACUCAUCACACUCCAGGAUCGACUCGCUUGAGCUUCCCUGCCAAGCCCCAGCAAACUAACUGCACUGCAUUACACUCCCAAUCGACGUGCCCGAAUUACAGAUUCGGCGAGAUUCCCUCUGCGACGGACCACAACGAGCCUCAAGGGAGACAAGGAAGGAACUUCUUCAGCUGGGUCGUUCAAAGCUGUAGCACCGCGGAGCUUUUUGUCCCAUCCCCCAGCGCCUACGAGCGCGUGCGUCAUUGAGAAUGGCGUCCAUUAACCCUCAUGUCAAGGCAGUUCGGUCUCUCUACCGACGGUCUUUGAAGCUUGCCCUUGACUGGGCCGUCCAACGCAACCUGUGGCGCGGCCAGGCUGUCUAUAUCCGAUCACUCUUCGACGCGAACAGAAAUGUGAAAGAUCCCAGACAACAAAGAAUCUUGUUCAAUGAGACGGAAAAAUUGCUGGACAAGUGGAAGCAUCCCGACCCCUACCGACCGCCAACCGCCCCUGGAGGUUCGAAAUACGAACGAAACCUCCCCGCUCCAGAUCUUCCCGCUCCAUCAAGAGAGUUUGUCAAGAGAUUAUGAGGGUUCUGUCACGUCACUUUUGCGUUGUAUAUAUGUUACUGCCAGCAGUCGAUCCGGCUCAGACAACUGGAAAUGAGGUCCUAGCAUGAGGAGAACCUCAGCAGUUGAUUUGUCUUGGGCUUAUGAUUGAUACAUAGCCUGAAUUCAUGCAACCUCCGGGAAAACGCUCACAGGAUACUUUCCAUCGACUUAAACUUUGUGCCCUUGUCUUUGAGCUUCUGCGUUCACAUUGUAUGGGAGACUACCAUCCCAGCUAUUCAGGCGACAGGUCCCCAAAACGGACUUUCUUCGAUCAAGGUGCUGGCCAGCACCAGGGGCGUUGUUGUUGUUGAUGCGAGUUGGGAGACUUCCUGGACCACGUUCGAUAUUGUGACGUACUAUUAAUACGCAGAUGAUGAUCCCCUUCUCGACACUUCUGGCAAGCCUCUUUCAACCGCUUUUCAUACAGUAUUUGAAUGCAGAAUGUAAACAAUAUCAAAAAGACGCGCGCAAAGACCAAAUUAAGACGUUUAGAUCAGUUUGGAUCAUUAAAUUCAACUUCUCUAAUGACCCUG